AUGAAUGAUGGUAGUCGUGGUGGUGGUAAUGAUGGUGGUGGUGGUGGUAAUGAUGGUGGUGGUGUAAUGAUGCUGGAGGUGGUGAUGAUGAUGGUGGUAAUGAUGAUGGUGGUGUAAUGACGAUGAUGGUGGUGUAAUGAUGGUGGUAAUGAUGAUGAUGUUGGAGGUGGUGAUGAUGAUGGUGGUAAUGAUGGUAAUGAUGAUGGUGGUGGUGUAAUGAUGAUGAUGCUGGAGGUGGUGAUGAUGAUGGUGGUAAUGAUAAUGGUGGUGGGGUGGUAAUGAUGAUGAUGGUGGUGGUGUAAUGAUGAUGAUGAUGCUGGAGGUGGUGAUGUUGGAGGUGGUGAUGCUGGAGGUGGUGAUGAUGAUGGUGGUAAUGAUGAUGAUGAUGCUGGUAAUGAUGAUGAUGAUGGUGGUAAUGAUGAUGGUGAUGGUGGUAAUGAUGAUGGUGAUGGUAGUAAUGAUGAUGGUGGUGGUGGUAAUGAUGGUGGUGGUGGUAAUGAUGAUAGUGAGG